UGUUAACCAUCUUUUGGGGUAAUAUUCUAUGCAACAGGGUGGUUCAUAUGUAAAAGGAACGGACACCCAAGACUUUUCUGAUGUGGACAUAGUUCUUUUUAGCAAAGCUUUUACCAGUUUAGAAGACUGCCAAAGGACAACUCCAGAGGUCCUAGAAGAGUUAGGAAAUGCCCUGAUAAAAUCCUCAUGGACAGCCAGGUUAGUCAUGCAGAAAAGCACAAAAUUUUCCUUGAGGUUCUAUUUUAAGUGUUAUAAAAAUCAUCAUGGUCACUCAUUUGACGUCAUGCCUUGCUAUGACAUGUUUGCAUCUGUGUUAUCAACAGGUCCAAAAGAGAGCUUUUAUCAUAAGCUGUACCUUUGCAGUGAUGAUGAUAAGAUCCAGCUGUACACCAUGGCGUUAUUGAAGUACCAAGCUGAAUUUGUCAAAGCAUCAACAGGAAUGGUGAAGGAUUUCAUACGUUUAAUGAAGCACUGGUUCAAAACUUCAUUUGCUGAACCAACCAAAGAAAAUAAGUAA